CCUCUUAUGGUGGCAGUACACAUGGGCCCAACGUGUUGGGCCAACGGGUUGGGCCAACGUGUAGAGAGCUACUUGGCGGUAUGUUGGCUUCAUUAGCCUAGUUGGCGCCAAUAUUGGCAGGCCAACCGAAUGUUGUCGGUUUUUUGUGCACAUAUCAAAGGAUCUUGGCGCGCUCCGCAAACAGCGUUCACACGUUGGUGUCUUGUUCAGUUCGUUGUUACUCGUCAGCGGAAAUAGUAUCGUUGCGCGUAAGGGAAUUUUACGUUUUCAUAAUAUUAUUACGAUAGCGAUGGCGGCGCCGGUAUGGAAAAGUAAUGAAAUAUUAUUAUUCAUAGAAUUGUAUCGCAAUGAACCAAUAAUUUGGAAUCCACGGCAUGAAUUUCAUAAAAAUAAAAACAAAGUUAAUGAUGCGUGGAUUCGCAUAGCGGAUAAAAUUUAUAUUCCAAUAAAUGAACUAAAAAAGAAAAAAGAAUCAUUAAUGACCACAUUCCGGAUGCACCAAAAAAGGAAAACCAAAUCGAUAAAAUCAGGAAUGGGUGAAGAUGAAUUAUAUAUUCCUAUUUGGCCGUAUUACGACCCUCUCGAAGCUUUUUUAAAGGAUAUCUAUGUAUGCUCCAGUGUGAUUAACACUGAGGAAAAGAUAAUACAGGAUUCGUCAUCGGCAGAAACCGACUUAAUAACUCAGGCCCCGGAACCACAGACACAAACUGCUCCUCCAACUCAAAAGCGCCGUUCAAAAAAUCCACCAGAAUUAUCAGAGGCCAGCAAGGAGGUGGCAAAUGCUUUUAACACAUUAAACAGAGUGCUUGAUAAUAAAAUACUUGAUGAUGAUUGUGAACUAUAUGGUAAACUUCUUGCCACAAAACUAAGAAAAUUUCCACAAUAUGAAAGGGAAGAAAUCAUGUUGGAGAUUGAUAGCAUGAUGAUAAAAAGACGUCGAGGUAGUGAAAAUACUGAUUCCACUAAUAUGAAUCGUUCAUCCACCUCACAAAGUUCGUAUCGCUCAUCUCCUUCGCCACACUACCAACCCAACUCAGCACAGUCCAUUCCUCCAACUUACGUUACUAUUCCCAGUCAAUCUCCGCAUUUACACCUACGCCAUUCACCUCAGUAUGUUUUUAAUGAACCCCAAACUCAACGUAUUCGGAUAUUGUCUAAUGAUAAAAUAUAUUCACAAUCACAAUUAAUGCAGUCUUCAUCUGCUCAAGGGCUACAAACAUCAUCUACAGAACUACCUGUUGAACUUCAUUUACCAGAAUUGUCUGAUAGAACGUACAACCAAUCUCAGUCUUUAAAUACUCAAAAUAUAAUAUAUCAGGCAUAUGAAGACGCAUAAAACACACAAAUGAAAAGUUCAUGUGAUGCUAAACAUUGUUUCAUGAUGAUUCAAGUAAUUGAUCUAUCCAUGGUAAAAUUAAGACUGUUGUAUUUUGAAACUAGAACUAUUUUGUAACUCUUUAUUUUAAACAUUAAUAAAUAAUACAUUACUAA